AUGGAAGCUUUGCGGGCUCCCUUGGAUGCAAUUCGCACACGUCUCAACAGACGGAUUGCUUUGCAACGUGCUGUGCCGGAGAGUGAGGUUGAUGUCAAGGCAGUGCGGACCUUUUGGUCCUCCUUACCUACAGAGGUUCGCCUAGAAGUUCUGCGCUUCACUGAUUCCACUGUCGUUCAGCGAGUGCACGACUACAUGAUCAAGCUGCUAAAAGCAGAUAUUUGGAGCCGAAUGAACGACGUCUCCACAGGUGAUGAACCUGCGCCACGGCUGGAGGGCUUUGAGUUCGAAGCUCCAGCAGAGCGUGAUUGUAUGGGCUCCUUACGAGCGCCCAUCGCCAUUAUGGCUACCGAGGAGCUUGCAGCCAAUGACCAAUUGCUUGAAACCAUGGAGGAAUUGUUGGGCAGUCCGCUGCUGAAUGGGCGGCCUGCAUUGCAGCACAGAGAUUGGAGUACUGUCUUUGAUGUGUCCCCAAGCUCCUGGGAGGAACUGCAGCAGCAACUCUACCGACUGGUAGAGCUGGCCAUUUUCCACGCGGAGCGUGAUCCCUACUACCAGCUGCUGCGGGAUGCACCAGUACCACCCAUGAGGCGGCGACGGAAGGCGAAGCGGCCAGCCAAGAAAGAGUCAACUGCCAUUUCAGCUGCUGAUCAGACAGCCUCUGCCGAGCAGAAUCAGAAGGUGAGCCAGAACACAGCUGCAACAUCAAUGAAUGCGACUGCAGAAAUGACAGAGGAGGACAACAAACUUGGUGAUGAGGAAGGUGAGUCAGACAACCCUGAUCAGGAGAAUUUCUUUGGGGAGAUCGCUGAGGACGCGGCAUGCCUGGAGCAGCCUGCGCAGCUCAGGCCAAUGGCAGGCUCGGCUGAGAUGGCCUGUAGGCCGAGGCUCCGCCUGAGCAGUGAAGAAGCUACCUGCUUUCGAUGGUUGCCGGACAUUUUCCAGGACGGGAGUCACUUCCAACUCAUGCAAUAUAGAAGUAGAGAUGCUGCUGAAGCCAAGAUUCCAGUUGCCAGAGCCUAUGUGCGCAAUACCUUUGUGGAGGUGGAAGUUCUUGACGAGCACGACGUCACACCAAAGCUGCGGCGAAGUGCAUCUGAAACCUUCGAGAUGACAAAGCAGUGA